GAGUGAGUGAAGGCAUCAUGUCGCUGCCGGAUCUCUCUUCCCUGAGCCUGCAGGAGCUCAACGAGCUGCUGGAGGAUGAGGGGAAGCUGAAUAAGAUGGCGGAGGGGAUGGAAGAGAAUGGUUGUAUUGCGCAAGAAUCCUGUCCAGCGUGUUGUCUUUGCCAGCCCCCUGCAACAGUAGAAACCAACAGAACUGCAGAUGUAAAUCAGAAGUUGCUGGAAAAGCCCAGCAGCCCUGACAGCAUCCGUGAAGAAAAAGAUCAGUUAAUGUUUUGGGUCUGCUGACCCUUCUCAGAACUCUGCAGAGAUGCCAGUAAUUGAUGCAGAUGCCCUGAUCCUGUGAAUGAAUAAUUUUUAAAAAUCCAGAUGAUUGUAUGCAUGAUGAAACAUUACACAGCUGACUGCACAGGAAUGGGAGAGACAAAUGUAUUCCAUCUUUCAGUUAAAGCAAGAGUACGGAAUAUACAGCCAAAUAAAGACAUGAGCCUUGCUAGUAAUCGUAGCCUAGCAGAACAGAAUCUGGAAUAUCACCCCAAAUUGGACUGUUUGAAAAUCCAAUUAAUUAGGAAAUAUCAAGAACUACAGACACUAUUUGAAGCAUAUCAAAUGAGGAAGUCAAAAUUAGAUAGUCAAUCCGGUGGGACUUCACUAGACAUACUACUUGCACUGCUGCAAACAGAAGGAGCAAAAAUUGAAGAGGAAACUGAGAUCAUGGCUCAGGAGUUUCUGGAUGGUGAAAUGCCAUUGGACAUUUUCAUUGAGCAAUAUCAGAAUAAAAGGAAACUGGCUCAUCAGCGGCGGGUAAAAAUUGAGAAAUUGCAGGAGAUUGUCUUAAAAGGACCGAGGCUAAAUCAAGCACGGCUGCCACAGCUACUGAAACAACCUGAGCCAGUACAAACAAAUCAGAACUCGUACUCCGCAGAGUCAAACACUCCCACUGUCAUGCCUAGGAGGGUUCCACCACCCCCACCUGUUCAACCAGGUGCCUUUCCCACUCCAUUCACAAGUGCGGCCCUGGGCGCGGAGUCGGUACCUCCUUAUCCAGUACCUGCUGCUUUCCCUCCUAUCCCGCCAAGAUCUGGAAACACUGCUCCAAGUUCCACAUCUCAAUUAGGUCAUCCACUACAGUACAGGCCACCUUGUCCUCCACCAGUCGCUCAGAAAGCUGGACAGCGUCCUCCUCAACCAGGCUUUAUUUUGCAGUAAUUUUAUUAAAUGGAGUCCAUUGCACUUUUUGUGUAGGUGCUUUUAAUUCUACUGAAAUAUUCAGUGUCUCUUAAAGCAUACAUGACCUAUAUUUCUUUGAGGAGGGGCUUACAUCUUUUGUGUUGGGAAACUGCAAAUCAGAAGUUUUCUUCCACAUGGCAUCUUUCAUAAGAAUUUCAGAAAAUUAUGUAUAGCAGCAAAGUUCUAUUUUGUGCAAACACUUUUUGGAUAAAAAGUUCAGAUGUAAUGGGGCCUUUACCCCUCUAUUUCAAUUUUGUAACUCUUCGAAUCUGUUGCACUUUUUGGAUUGAGGCCAUCAGUAGAAAUUUACUAGAUUCAACUGAUGCAAAUCAUUUACAAAAAAAAAUACAAAUACUCUCAUAAGAAGUGAAUUAAAAUUUAAGAUCAGACCAGUAGCAGACAGUUUCUGGAAUUUUAUAGAGCAAAGUUGAUUUGUUCCUGAAAAUUUAUAUUUUUCAGCUUUUAUAUACUAAUGAUCCUCCAUAGACUGACCCUGGCAGGUCAAGGUAUGCUAGCAGUUUUGAUUCCUAUAGGAAGGGUCAGGUGAGGACACUGAAGAUGACGCCUGUGUGACUUUAUGAUUUGGGUAUGGGGUUUUUUCCACCCCUUUGUUGAAUCUGUUUUUGAAGGAAGGAGGCGUUUUACUAAUCUCCAUUCAUUCAAAUGAAUGGAGUAAAUUAAUUGAAUACUGAUUUAUUUUUCACUUCAGUGUCAUGUUAAGUUUCUUAACCAGCUGUGAUCAGUUAAACAGGAUUGGCCAAAAUGUUGAAAUAUUGGCUUGUCUUAUCAAUAUAUGUACCAGCCACUUUAAAUCUUUACAAACCUGUGACUAAACCGUACAUUGUUCUCUUUAGACACUUUUGACUUUUUGCUUUAAUUAUAAAGCUUGAUUUAAAAUCUUGUCUUAGCACCAGGAAUAAAAGGAAUGUAUCACUUCAACUGUUUAUAUGCCCAGCUUUUUGAAGUCAAUGAAUCUGAAUGUCAGACUUAUCACAAGUUUUUUUUGCCUCACCUAAUCUACAACUAAGUAUCCGUCUCAUGUUUUUCUAUUGAGAGUUACAGGAGCUGAAUUCUGUUUUAAACUGUUACCCUGUAAUGAAAUUCAUUUAAAUUUGUGUAAGUAUAUCGUGUUUAAAAAUAGUUAAAGGAAGACUGUCAGAUGACUCUGUUUCACCCAGAUGAAUUAAGAAAACUUCAAAUUUUUUAAAUCAGUCAGCUGCAUUGCACAGUUGUCUCUUCUACCUGAUCAAUGAUGCAUGUUAAGUGGUUCCAUUCAGGGCUAAAAGCAAAUGGGCUACUUCAUUUAUUUGCAGACUCGACUCAAGGUAUCAUAUGGCUGAAUAUUGAGUCUAAACAUAUGUUUGUAAUGUGCCUUAGUAAUAUUUGUCAUAAGGGACCGUGGGAAAUGUUUUACUUUGUAAACUUGUGAUGCUCAUGCAAGCAGUACUUUUAAUGAAAUGUAUGCAUUUUGGGGAAAUGGAGUUGGAAGAGGAAGGGGACAGUUGAUGGUAAUCAGGUUAUUUGACUAUUUAAACUAGUAGUGUGCAGUAUGUUUAAUAAGAAGACUGUAAUUUCCUAUUGUUGUUAAAAUGGAAAAAAAUUAGUUGGUGGUAAGAUGAUUCCUUCUGUGUUAAAAUGUGCUAUUGCAAGUAACUGACAGUUCAAUGUGUUUUGUUAUGAUCUUGAAGUUGAGUGUUGAGUCGCGAAAUCUCUGGCACAUUUUGCCAUUCACAACUCAAUCAAAUAACCUGGCAACAUCUUUAAGCUAACAAUUGAGCAGUUUGUUUGAGUAUUUGAGAUAACUUGGUCAAAUUGCUUAAGUUGGUUUGAAAGAUUAAUUGUCUGCUGCAAUGUCUUCAUCAAAAAUUGGAAGUGGUUCUUAUGAUUGUAACAGUGCCUACAAUAGGAAAAACUCAGCACUUCAAUUUCAAAUGUUUUUUCAAACUGAAAUAUUUGACAACACACUUUUGUGAAGUUUAUAGUUUAGAACUGCUUAUUAAUUGUGUAGUGGGUGAGCUACAGAAAGUUACCUCAGAAUAUUUUAAUCAUUCUAGUAAUAAAAUACAAAGUACUAUAAA